GUAGGUAGCGUGGUGGUAUGGUAGUGGGUAGCGUGGUGGUUGGUGAUGUUGGUGGCGUGGGCCGUGGUAUUCACGAUGCUGGUGGUGGUGGUGUUGGUGAUGCACGAGCAGGAGGUAUUAAAGAGGCAGAUGGCUUUUUGUGGGAUUGGUGGCGCAGGGGCGAGAGAGCCGAUUCGUCCGCCGCGGCGAGAAUUACCGUAAGCACGGAGGCUGGAUCGGGUCCAAGUCCGUCAUCCAGGUCACGCUUUAAUUAUAAAAAAUCACGGGUGGGUGUUGCGUUCUAUUAUUAAUAUCAUCACAGUUGCUGAGCAAAGGACCGAAACGCCAAGUGGCUGGAAACAAACAGGCUCCUUGCUUGGUUUUAUCGUCUUGAGGGCAUUUUGAGGGUAGAACGUGUUGCGUUGUGCGAGCGAUGCUCUUGUGCGAUGGUGAGUGCUCAUGGUGAUGGAUAAUAGGCAUGGUGACGGUGAGCGGUGGGCGGUGAGCGGUGACGGUGAGCGGUGGUGGUGAAUGGUGAGCAGUGGUGGUGAAUGGUGAGCGGUGGCGGUGAACGGUGGUGGUGAAUGGUGAGCAGUGGUGGUGAAUGGUGAGCGGUGGCGGUGAGCGGUGACGGCGAAUGGUGGCGGUGGCGGUGAGCGGUGGCGGUGAACGGUGGCGGUGAACGGUGAGCGGUGGCGGUGAACGGUGAGCGGUGACGGUGAACGGUGAGCAGUGGCGGUGGCGGUGGCGGUGACGGUGAGCGGUGAGCGGUGACGGUGAGUAACGGCGAUGUCCCCAGGCUCCCUGAACAUCUACGUGCGCUCGCCUGGAGCGCUCGACACGCAGGUGUGGACGCGCGGGGGCAACCAGGGCGACACGUGGCACCGCGCCAACGUCACCAUCACCCCGCCAGGGCCCUUCCAGCUGAUCGUGGAGGGGAUCCGUGGGUCGGGAGUGGAGGGAGACAUCGCCAUCGAUGACGUGACGGUGGUGGACGGGAACUGUGAGAAGCCAUCGAUCUCAUCCGGCGAAGCCAAACAAUCUCAACAGCAGAGCCUGCGGAAUGUGCCUGGGCCGCGCCUGGGUCCUGCUCCCAGGCCUGGCGGCCUCGCUACUCUGCCUCAGGUGAUGCUGGGCACGGCGUCCUGGUGAGGCCGAGGCUCCGCCGGGCCUCGCGAGGCCCCGUCGGCUGGAGACCUUUGGGGCCCCUCAAAUCGUGAUGGGAUUUCCCUUCUGCUGUAACAGCAGCAACAGCUGCUGCAGCAGCAGCAACUCAUGGACCCUUGCGUGUUAAGUUAAAGAGGACAUGGAGCUGGCGCCCGAGCUCAUGGCGUGAGGGAGGUGUUCGGCCGAGCGGAGGCUGCUCUGGGCCCCGGGGCCCCUGGGUGAGGAGACACGAGGCGGGUGGUGGGGGAGGGAUCAUGUUGGCCUCGAGGAGUCCAGGACUGGUGCAGUGACAACACCGGAGGUGUUCACCCCCCCCCUCCACCUCCUCUCUCGGCCACACUUGGAGCCCCGAGACCCUGGUCACCUCCCCUGUGCCUUCUCAACACAAAAACAGCAGCAGGACCACAAAGGGAGAGGUCGUGGUGGGAGGCCGCAACCACGGCCCACAGCCUACAGACGCUUGACAAACUGGCGCUGCGAACAUUCCCGUCGUCAUCCUCUCCACCGCCUCCUCUAACCUCGCGAUCAGCAUCCCCCCACAACGCCCCGCCCGGCCACACCGCACACCUCGUGGGGGAUUUCGUGGCCUCCAUAACCUCCCGCUGGUUUUCACACGCGUGACGAGGAUCGUAUAUAUUUAAAGCAUAUCAGACAGACAUGGAGCUGACGCGACCAAGAGGCGACGUCGUCGUCUGCAUCACCACCCACCGAGCGUGUCCAUCGACAUUCACCAUCACUGUCGUCAUAACAACCAUCAUCGCUGUCUUCGCCGUCAUCACUAUUGGGCAACAUCAUCAUUGUGUUCAUGAUCAUGGCCACCAUCGCCACGUCGACCAUUGAUCUCAACUAAUCUCUCAGCUACCGUGAUCAUCUCCAUAAAUCAUGGUUAUCAUCAUCACUUUACACCUAGUUCUCAUCAUCGUCAUCAUCAUCAUCGUCGUCAUCACCAUCGCCGCUGCCGCACAGUUGUGGAAGGCGCUCGGCGGUCGUCACGGGCAAUCGUCACCGAGAUCAUCGCCACCGUUGGAGAUCACCACCACUGGAGAUCACCAGUGGCAUCAUGACCAGACGUGGCCACCACUGAAGGUCACCACGACUGGAGAUGCGCACUGCCGGAGACCGCCAGUGAGAUCGCCACGACUGGAGACCACGAAUAGCAUCACGACUGCAGAACACCACCACUCGAGAUCGGCGGUGAGAUCACCACCGGCGGUCGUGACUGGUGAUGUUGACCGUCGGUGCGAGUGCCGGUGACAAGAAGGCCGUGAGCGCCCUUCUAUGAUGCAACCACAACGCCGGUGACGCCAACAUCAACAAUGGGAACCACGAACUGUAAUUAAAGCCGAGAGACUGUUAGGGUAAUUAUUAUUAUUAUUCGAUGAUGAGAAUGGUAAGAGCACAAAGCUUCAUUACAUGUAUCCACCGAGACCAUAUACCUUACGUGCAGUGUGCCGUGUCGCACUUGAAUAUCCGCAAUAUGAGUGUUGGUGUUAAUAUAUCCACUGGGCGAGACGCGCAACUCAACGAGGCCUCGUCUUUCGCGCGCGCGCGUGUGUCGGUGGUGCGCGCAUUUGUCAAACGCCGCGUCGAGCGUCGUUGUCGAAACGAUCGACGCUGUCAGCUCGUCCACUCGUCUACUCGUUGGCUCGCGGGUCAACUCCGGUCACGUGCCCGGGUGUCCGUGCACGAAUUCAACUCGGGUGGCACUCGUCCCACCGUGACAGUCGCGCUCAUUGUCGGAUCAGGAGGCUCAACCCGGGAGGCGUGG